UGAUGUUAUGUUAAGUGAAUCAGUAUUUAAUAAAUAGACACUUUUCAAUCUUGUGUUAUUAAUGAAAUUUUCUAUGUUUUAAAGAAAAAACAUUUUUGCUUUUGUUUUGAUUCAAAAUUCAGUUGAAUGUAAAUGUUUUGUAAACCACUAAGGAGUUGUGAAUUGUAUAUCGCUUGCAGCAUGAAAUUUAAAAAAUGACAUGUAAAUUUAUUAUAUAAGUUAUAAAGAAAAAAAACCUGUAAAGAAACAAAACAAUAGUGAUCCAUUUGUACCUUCAUACCAAUACAUGAUACAUCUAUCAUUAUAUUUGUUUUUCUAUUGUGAUGAUGUUGUCUUUUAAUUAAUUUUUUAGCUAUGACAUUUUAGUCGUGCAUAAUGAAAUUUUGGUAUAUAAUUGACCAGUAAAUAAAAAAAAAAAUGGAUGUGCGUAAUAAUACUUGUAUAACCCUUAGAAACUCCUUUUGCUGACUUUCAUUUUUUACUUUAAUUCCUUUAAAAAUGUUUUCAGUUGUCUUAUUAGCCAAUAUUUGUACUCUUUCUUUAUUAUCUUUUUAUCUGCAACCAACAUGACACUAUACCUUUUGUUUUUAUAUAUUCUUGUAAGACUUUACUUAGUUAAUUUUUAGUUGCUAGUCAUAUGAUGGACAUGUUAGGUGUCAUCAUGUUUCUCUACAUUAUCAGAUUGAUAUGUCGCCUGAAGUAACUGAGGACAGGACUGCUCCAGCCAGGGUCAUGUAUGGCUGCAUCACUUGUCUCAUGAAGUCUCCUUCACCAAUAGCCUAUCAAGCACACAAACGGUACUGUGAGCAGCCUUGCUUUACCUGCUGUUGCUCUGUCUGCAACUACAAGGCUGAGUCCCCGGAAACCAUUACCAUUCACAUCAGCCUUGUGCACGUGGAUGUCUCUCAGCUGAUAGCCUGCACUGAGUGUGGCUCUCAUUUCAAGACACAGACAGGCUUGAAGAAGCACAUGGAAGUCAAACACAGAACCAACCCUACCUUGAAGUGCCCCAUCUGUGGAAAGGUCAUGUACAACAAGAUCAACCUUGAUGGUCAUGUCAACAAACACAAGGGUCUCAAGCCACACGUUUGUCUGUACUGUGGCAAAACUUUCUCCUACAAACAAUCUCUUUGUGCCCAUGAAAAACUGUGCACCAAGAGCCCUAGAAUCCUUGGCUCUGGUGCCAGCUAAAAGUGUUUAGGGUGUGACUUGUAAGCUCACAUUGGACUUCAGUCACGUCUAAAGCUUUUCAAUAAUUUUUUUUUAAAUUGUAAGAAAGGAUUGUUCCAUCUAAUUUAUUAUAAGUUUACUUGAAUGCUAAUAAUUUUUUAAUGAUCCGGCUGAUUUAGUUAUGUAUUGUACUAGAAAUGAAUGAAUUGAUGUUUAUGACACUGUUACACACAUUUCUAUAUAUUCAGUCUUCAAAGUUACUAUCUGUAGACAUUCACAAAGAUUGAGUUGUCUUAUUGAAAUUUCUCAGUAUUAAGAUUUUGUUUUCAUUAAAGUACAUUUAAUUGAGCUUUAAUGAAAACAUUCUCUUCUACAAAAUAAGAACCUCCAGUUUAGUUUAAGCAUCUCAAAACUUAGAAGAAUUAAGACACAAUUUUUAUAAAUCCAAAUACAAUUUUAGUUAUUUUGUCAAAAGCAUUGAAGUACUUUGUGAUGUUUUUUUUAUAGUAAACUUCUUUUCUUCCGAGUCAAAAUACUUGCAUAUAAUUGCUGUUUGCUGUGUUAGAUUUUGUCAAUUGUUGAAUAGCAAUUUCUUUUCCAAUCAAUUGUUUAUUAAUACAUUGUUGAGUUGAAAGGUUUUAUGUUUUUCUGAAACGAGAGAAAUGCUUGUCUGUACAAGUCUGUUCAUUUGUCUCUUUUUAUUUGUGUCUUACCAACCAGGUUUCUUAUGGAAAUCUAUCCUACCAACAGUCAUCUACGCUACAGUUGGCACUGCCCCUUCUUCCUUCCACUGACUACCCCCACUAUCAGCACACUUUGGCUGACCGUGGUCAGCUUCAUGGUCAACCACUUGUUACUCAGACU